CUGCGUUAGUUGUGACGCGAACAGUUGACAUUUGCUCAAGCGUUGCGAGAAUAGUGUGGUCGAAAAGAUUUUCUUUAUUUUCUGAAAUAAAGGCGACUUAACUUAGUGGGAUGGGUGUGUGUCACUGUCCACGAAACUAAGGAUCUCUGAAUAGGGUCGGCUAAUUAUAAUACGGAACUGAACCGCCCCCGUACCUCUCGGCUUUUACUUCGUGAACAGCAUUCAGUUGACAUAUGAAGAGAUAGGAAGCACGUUGCUAGUUAGCUUUAAGUGAAGCCUAAAAUUAUCCACCAACCCAAAUUUGCAUGAGGCAGAAAAUAGCCAGGACAUGAUUUUGAAGCCGAAUGACCCGAUUAAGCUGUCAGAUUUCGGAUUUAAGUUGGAAACCACAGCUGAACUGUUAUGCUAGCUCUCUGAGUUGGGCUUAAAUGGCCUCGGAGCCGAAUCUUGCAGUUUUUCUUACUUCAGUUAUGGAGGAAAUAAUGUGUCUGUCCCUCUGAGGUGAGAGUCUCUUCACAUAGAGCUCGUGAUGAAAGCUCUCGGUGUGCGCUCCGCGUUUUACGUGGGCUUUGUGGUAGGCACGUGCACCCUGUACGUGCUCCUGCGUCAGGUUGGAUUCACACGGGACUUGGGGUCUGGUGAGGCCCACGAGAAAAGUCUGCUGGAGAUGGUUGAAGAAGAAAACAAGAACUGGAAGAAGGAGAGGUCGGCUCUCUUCAACCUCAAUCAUCCUCACCAUGCAGGUGAGGAUGGCACACUGGCUGACACUCUCUAUAAGCAUGUACGCAUUUUGUGUUGGGUCAUGACCGGCCCUAAUAACCUUGAGAAGAAAGCUCGGCAUGUGAAAGCCACAUGGAGUCGCCACUGCAACAUUGUGGUCUUCAUAAGCUCUGGUUAUGAGUGUAGGAGUCUGCCUUAACAGUAUAAUAACAUUGGAUAAUAUUUUGGGGCCACAAGCAAGGCUGCAUCUGCAUACAUUAUACUUGGCAUUCAGUUCUAUUUUUUUUCCUAUAUAUAUAAAAAUAGCAAUUGCGUGUUUGCUCUGCACUGUGUAAUCAUAAACACCACCAUGUAUGAUUUAACGGCAGUGACAUAAGUAAAAGAGGCCUUGAUUUUCCUUUAAUUUGCUCAUUCCGUUGAAUUAGUGCCUCUGCUCUGAUCCAGAAAAAUCAUCCACUUCCAUAUGUCCCAGGACCACUUUUGUAUUGAGUUUAGGCAAUAAUUAAACCGAGCUGCUUAUAUCGUAGAUCCUAGUUGAGCAAACAUUCAAGCUCCAGCUGUGUUUUCUCUACACAGUCUUUAAUACAUUUGCCAAAGUUGAACGUGUACAGUUUACUUUGACUAAGAUUACAUCCAUAGAAAAAUUAACCAGGAUGUAGUCCUUCAAAUGACACCAAAACAGCAUAUUACCCUUCUCUGAGAGUUAAAGGGAUAGUUCAACCAAAAAUGAAA